GGGCCAGUGACGUUCCAUGAGUUACAAUACACAGGGUGAGAGUUCAUGGUUGUUGGAUGAAGCAUUGGCUAAUCCUGAGAUAGCCAAGUUUAUCAAUAAGGACCAACUGGAGAGAUUCCGUAGUUCUGGUGGAGUGCGUUUUGAGGAUAAUUUAUUGAUUACUGAAGAUGGAUGUGUCAACUGGACUGAAGUUCCAAGAACUGCCCAAGAAAUUAAAGAUUGGAUUGCCGGCGAUGAUUCCAAAUACGAUUGAAUGAAUUUACAACAUUUUGAAGCUGUUAUUGAUAUAAUUUUUGUUUAUUUUGUUAAAAGUUAUAAAAAGAAUAUUAUAUAAUUGCAUAUUAUUAUUCUAUUUUCUUGCUUGUAUUGUUAAAAACGCUGUAUAUAUUGAGAAAUUGAAUUUGUGGUGUGUCAUGUUUCAAUAAAAUUGUUGUUUUAUAUUUUUAACUAUAAA